AUGGAGGGAGGAGUGUCCACCAAUCCAAGACUCAGCCAGCUCCUUCAGAUAUCCUCUAAAGAAGUGACCUUCCUCCCAGCUGCUCCCAGGAUAAAGGCCUCUGAUCUCAGGGAGCUUAUCACCAAAGUCUGUCCAGGUCUUCGCUCUCUUUGUUGCUCAUGUAAUUACACCGUAUUGAAUCGGAGAGAUGAGGAGUUGAAGGUAGGGGAGCAGAAUCAUUACACACCACAGUGGAACAGCUCAGCUGUAGGGGAGAGAAUAGCUUCAGCUCGGGGGGGGCUCGGCCUCAAAUGGGACCCCUCGCUGCUCUCCGCCUGGCCCCACUCCACCUCCAAGCUGCUUCAAACAGGGACUUGA